UUUUUCCGGCCCGCGACGCGGCGAGUUCCGGCUGGGGAGAGGUGGGCUCUGCGUGAGAGGAACAGCACGGUUUGCUUGCGGCUGGCGCGUCCUUGUCUAACUUGAAGCAAGGGGCCUGCGAGGCCAGCCCAGCGCGCCUGCGCCAUGGGAGUCCAGGGGCUGUGGAAGCUGCUGGAGUGCUCCGGCCGCCGGGUCAGCCCCGAGUCGCUGGAGGGCAAGGUGUUGGCCGUGGAUAUUAGCAUUUGGCUAAACCAAGCACUUAAAGGAGUCCGAGAUCGCCAUGGGAAUAUGGUUGAAAAUGCUCAUCUUCUCACAUUGUUCCACCGGCUCUGCAAACUCUUGUUUUUUCGUAUUCGCCCUAUUUUUGUAUUUGAUGGAGAUGCCCCACUGCUAAAGAAACAGACCUUGGCAAAGAGAAGGCAGAAGAAGGAUUCUGCAUCCAUUGACUCUAGAAGAACCACAGAGAAGCUUCUGAAAACCUUUCUGAAGAGACAGGCUCUGCAAACUGCCUUCAGAAGGAAAAGAAAUGAAGCUCUACCCAGUCUUACUCAAGUUCAGAGAAAGGAUGACAUCUAUGUUUUGCCACCUUUACAAGAGGAAGAAAAGCACAGUUCAGAAGAGGAAGAUGAAAAGCAGUGGCAAGCAAGAAUGGAUCAAAAGCAAGCUUUGCAGGAAGAAUUCUUUCAUAAUCCUCAUGCUAUUGAUAUCGAGUCUGAGGAUUUCAGCAGCCUGCCACUUGAAGUAAAGCAUGAGAUCUUGACUGACAUGAAGGAGUUUACCAAGCGAAGACGAACACUGUUUGAAGCAAUGCCAGAGGAGUCUAAUGAUUUUUCACAGUACCAGCUGAAAGGCUUGCUUAAGAAAAACUACCUAAACCAGCACAUAGAAAAUGUCCAAAAGGAAAUGAACCAGCAGCACUCAGGACAAAUCCAGAGGCAGUACGAAGAUGAGGGAGGCUUUCUGAAGGAGGUGGAGUCAAGGAGAGUGGUCUCUGAAGACACCUUACAUUACAUCUUGAUAAAAGGUAUUCAAACUAAGAAAGUCAUGGAUGUGGAUUCAGAGGCUUCUCCUUCUUCCAGCAAAACACAUAGCAUGUCCUUUGACCUGAAGUCGUCACCCCAUGAGAAAGUGAAGCCAGAGAAAGAACCAGAGGCCGCACCUCCUUCUCCAAGAACUUUACUGGCUAUGCAGGCAGCCAUGCUGGGAAGUAGCUCAGAAGAGGAGCCAGAGAGGGAGAGGGAUUCGUGGGCCACUACAGAUGCAGGCUCUGUAUCACCACAGACCCUUGCAGCUAUUCAGAGAGCUCUGGAUGAUGAUGAAGAUAGGAAAGUGUGUGAGGGGGAUGAUGAGCCCACAGGAAGGGCAGUGAUGAGAGUGUUAGGUGAUGAUAAAGAUGGAGAAGUUUGUGCCAGGAGUGAUGAGGUGGCAAUGAGAACACAGGUUGGAGAUAGGCCAAACCAGGAGCACAGUGAUGGAGCUGUAGUAAGAGGUGGAGGCAUGCCAUUUGCCACAGUUCCUCCUUUAUCCACUGUGACUGUAGUAAAGGAGUAUGUGGUCAGCUCCAGUAGUGAAAAAGAACAGAUAGCCUCGGCUCAUUCAUUGAAUACUGCUUGUCAUGAAGCUGGUGAAUGUUAUGCUCCAAAAGAACAGAUGUCACUUAUUCAUGUGGUGAAUGAAGCAUCUCAGAUAAGCAGUGAGUAUGAGGUUGAGGGGAAGCAAGCUCCCCUUCCACCAGCAUGCACAGAACAACUUCUGUGCAGUGAUGCCUCCGGACUCCUUAGGGAACCUCCAAUAAGAACACAUUCCGAUCAGAGGAUAGACACACACCCUGAAGAGCACAAGCUGCAGAAAGGUCUCUACCCACCUGAGAGUAAAUGUGUUUCCUCUCAUUUUUCAAGUGAUGAUGAAACAGAAAGUAUACAAAAUACUGCUUCCAAAGCAUGGAGCAUAGUUCACAUCCCUUCAGAGGCAAUGGGUAACUUAGAAAAGGCAUUGUCUUCUAAUGCUGAUGAACAUGGAGAUUCCCUGAAAACCAUCCAGCAACGGGAGAUGCCUGAAGCUACUGCCAGGGAAUUGAUUUUAGUCCCAAAGCCCAUGGGACCAAACGGGAUGGAGUCUGGAGAAAGCGAAUCUGAUGGAAGUUUCAUUGAGGUACAGAGUGUGGUCAGUGAUGAUGAACUUCAAGCAGAGUCAUCAGAGCCUUUUAAACCUCCCUCUGAACAAGAUGAAGAGGAACCAAGAGGAACUCUGGAGGAAGGAAUCCCCAGGGACACAGAACACCUCCUACAGGACAGCUCUGACAGUGAGGACUUGGUCAAGGAAGAGCACAAAAAAACUGACGAAUAUGCUGAGGACUCAUCUAAUGAAUGGCAAGAUGUUGAUUUGGAGGAAUUAGACAUCCUAGAGAGUAACCUCUUAGCAGAACAGAAUUCACUGGAAGCUCAAAAACAGCAGCAAGAACGGAUCGCUGUCUCUGUAACGGGCCAGAUGUUUCUGGAAAGUCAGGAACUCCUGCGCCUGUUUGGCAUUCCCUAUAUCCAGGCUCCCAUGGAGGCAGAGGCGCAGUGUGCCAUCCUGGACCUCACUGAUCAGACAUCUGGGACCAUCACUGAUGAUAGUGAUAUCUGGCUGUUUGGGGCCCGGCAUGUCUAUAAGAAUUUUUUUAACAAAAACAAGUUUGUAGAGUACUACCAAUAUGUGGACUUUCACAACCAAUUAGGAUUGGACCGAAACAAAUUAAUCAACUUGGCCUAUCUACUGGGCAGUGAUUAUACUGAAGGGAUCCCAACUGUUGGCUGUGUAACAGCCAUGGAGAUUCUCAAUGAAUUCCCUGGACGAGGCCUGGACCCACUCCUAAAAUUCUCAGAGUGGUGGCAUGAAGCUCAAAACAGCAAGAAGGUUGCAGCCAAUCCCCAUGACACCAAAGUAAAAAAAAAAUUACGGAAGUUGCAGCUGACACCUGGCUUCCCUAACCCUGCGGUUGCAGACGCCUACCUUAGGCCUGUGGUGGAUGACUCCAGGGGAUCGUUUCUAUGGGGCAAACCUGAUGUUGAAAAGAUUAGAGAUUUUUGUCAGAGGUAUUUUGGCUGGAACAGGACGAAGACAGAUGAGUCCCUUUUUCCAGUACUAAAGCAACUGAAUGUCCAGCAGACCCAACUACGGAUUGAUUCCUUUUUUAGAUUAGCUCAACAGGAAAAACAGGAUGCCAAACACAUAAAAAGCCAGAGGCUGAACAGAGCUGUAACAUGUAUGCUAAGGAAAGGAAGGGAAGAGGCAACUAGUGAGCUGGACAAAGAGGUUGAGGCCCUGGAUAAGGCUAAAGGUAAAACCCAAAAACGAAGCCUAAUGAGCCCAAGAGAAACAUCAGUCCCCCAAAGAAAGAGGUCUUCAGGAAGUGGCGGGUUUUUGGGGGACCCCCACCUCUCAGAAUCACCUGGGGAUUCAAGUGAGGAUGCAGAAGGUUCAUCUGUGAUGUGCACACGACGGAGAAGAACAGCUGAGUUGUCAGAAGUCAACUGCUCGGAUUUGCCUGACGUAGUGAGAGAUGCUCACGGAAAGGAUGGUUAUAUGUCCACUAGCAGCUCCAGUGAGAGCGAUGGUGACAAAACCAAGGCUGUGCUAGUGACUGCUAGACCUGUAUUUGAGAAGAAAAAAGGGAAGCUAAGGAGUAUGAGGAAAAGGAAAAGGAAAUCCAAAUUUUAAAAGCCAGUGAUUUGGAAGAACAAUGUUUAUAAUGUAUUGAGAAUAUAAGAUUAAAUCUAUUUGUACAAUCUCCA